AUGCUUGAAUAUGGUUGGCGGAAUGCGGCGCUGGCCAACGUUCUUGGCGGUGCUGGCCCAGCCGGUGAGGUGGUGACGCGCGAGCCUCUAGACCGAGAGGCGCGCGCCACCUACGAGCUGGUGGCCGAGGCGCGCGACCAGGGCGUGCCGCCGCGCAGCGCUCGCGUGGCCGUGCGCGUGCGCGUCACCGACGUCAACGACAACUCGCCCGAGCUGGUGGACCCGCAGGAGGAGAUGAUCAGCGUGCGGGAGGACCAGCCGCCGGGCACCGAGGUGGUGCGGGUGCGCGCGGUGGACCGCGACCACGGCAACAACGCGUCCGUCACCUACUCGCUGCUCAAGGGCCGCGACUCGGACGGGCACGGCGUGUUCACCAUCGACCCGGUGUCGGGGCUGAUCCGCACGCGCGCCGUGCUCGACCACGAGGACCGCACCAUCUACCGGCUGGCGGUGGCCGCCACGGACAGCGGCAAGCCCCCGCGCCAGACGGUGCGCCUGCUGCGCGUCGAGGUGCUCGACCUCAACAACAACCGACCCACCUUCACCAGCUACAGCCUCGUCUUCAGGAUCCACUGCCUCAGCACCAUCACCUCAGCAUCGUCAUCACCAGCGGCUCCUUUGCCUCCGCCAUUUCUUCCGUCACCGACACCACCACUGUUUGUGCCUCCUACCACCACCGCCACCACUGUCACAGAAGUCAUCCAUCGCCACCGUCGCCAUCGCUACCUCCGUGCGCGAGGGACUGGCGCCGUGGGUCACGUGGUGCACGGUGGCGCGUCGGACGACAGCGGCGGCUCUGCGAGCGCAACGCAAGCGACCACACGGCGGUGGCGACGCCCGAGGCGGCGGCGCGGGGGGAACGGCGCAGGGGCCGCCGGCGCGCACGUCACCUACACGCUGACGGCGUCGUCGCCGGCGCGGCGGGCGUGUUCGACAUCGACCCGCAGCUCGGGAGCGCUGGGUGGUGGCGCGCCAGCUGGGGACCGCGAGAACGCGCGCCGAUACCGGCUGGAGGUGCGCGCGCUCGACACGUCCGCGUCCAACACCCGCCAUCGCGGCGGGUGUCGGUUGCGCGUGGACGUGGCGGACGUGACGACAACUGCGCCCCGCUUGGCCAGGGGGCGGAAACCCCGGUUUUGCUGGUGCCGCUGGCCGAGGACACGCCCGUCGGCCCGGUACACCCUCAACGUGACCGCCAGCGACCACGGCCGCCCCGCGCCGCGCCACACCACGCGCACCCUGCACGUGGUGGUGCAGGGCACCAAGGAGAACCCGCCGCGCUUCGCGCACGCCGUCUACCACGCCAACGUGUCGGAGGACGCGCCCGUCGGCAGCUUCGUGGUGACGGUGGCGGCGCGCUCGCUGCUGGCCGACGCGGUCGAUCAGGCGUGUAAUAGCGUGAAGCUGGUUGCCUUGUCACUUGUCAGGCAUGCGCUCGCGAUGCUAUCGACGCCGCCUCCGCCGCCGCCGCUGCCACCUCCUGUGCCGCCGCCACUGCCGCUACCGCAGCAGUUCCCGACAUCAUUCCAGCCAUCGCUGCAGGCCGUGCCUUUCAGAUUCUCCCCUCCCCUCUCGCCCUCCUCCAUUAUCUUAAGACCUGUCUUCAAGACUCGUAUGAGUGCGAAUAUCUUCAUCACGAAGAUGGAUGAAGACAUUGAUGCCGUCAUGCAAUUGAACCGGUCUCCUGGUGGCAACCUCACCUACAGCAUCCCAGCGGGCGUGGCGGACGACCGCUUCACCGUGGACGCGCGAACGGGCGUGGUGUCGCUCCUCGCGGGUUGGGGUGGGGCUGGGGAGCGAGUGCGGGCGCGGGAGCCCCGAAGACCGGGCCGUGGCCGAGACGGCGGCGGCGGCGAUGGCGGGGGCAGCGUGCUGGCGCUCUCGCGCACCUUCGACUACGAGCGCCAGAGCGUGUACCGCUUCCAAGUGGUGGCGACGGACGGCGGGCGGGCGGACGCGCGUUCGCAGCGCGUGCCCGUGCAGAUCAGCGUGGGCGACGUCAACGACAACGCGCCGGUCUUCACGCAGUACCCGUUCACGGCGGACGUGCCGGCGUACACGCAGCCGGGCCACAACCUGGUGCGCGUGGAGGCCCAGGACGCCGACCAGGGCACCAACGCCGAGGUGGUGUACAGCUUCGUCAACCAGCCGCCGGGCAACAAGUUCCGCAUCAACCCGAACACGGGCAUCGUGACGGCGUCGGCCAGCCUGGCCGCCGAGGCCGGCAAGCUGUUCCACCUGGAGGUCCUGGCGCGCGACAAGGGCAACCCGCCGCGCAGCGCCUCGGGGCUGGUGGAGGUGCGCGUGGGCGACGCCGCCGAGGGCGCCGCCCGCCUGCGCUUCCAGAACGCCUCGUACGCCGUCAGCCUGGCCGAGAACGCGCCCGUCGGCCGGGAGGUGGUGCAGGUGGCGGCGGUGCGCACGGACGGGCGGCGGCAGCGCAUCUCGUACAGCUUGGGCGCGGGCAACGAGGCCGGCACGUUCGCCAUCGACGCGGUGACGGGCGUGGUGACGUGUCAAGGCCUUGAAGCUGCGUGCAAGCAUUUGGAGCUGGCGAUUGUGGUUUCCAGCUCCGUGUAUGGAAAGGAUCUUUUCAACCUGUGUUCUCUCAUAUAUCCUCUUAUUCCAUCAGUAUAUCGUGCUAUCCAUUCAUCGAUCUGUCAUAUCUCUCCUCAUGCGCGCAUCGCCAUCCCACUGUCAUCUUCCACAGGAAAUCGCACAGACACACCACCAGCUGGUGAUCACUGCCAAGUGAGCGCGACAGACGCGGACCAGGACGCGAACGCGCGCGUGCUGUACCACAUCGUGGACGGCAACCACGACAACGCGUUCGUCAUCGAGCCGCCCUUCUCGGGCCUGGUGAAGACCAACAUCGUGCUGGACCGCGAGAUCCGCGACGCCUACCGCCUGACGGUGAUCGCCACGGACGAGGGCCGGCCGCAGCUCACCGGCACCGCCACGUUGCGCAUCAGCAUCGUCGACGUCAACGACAACCAGCCCACCUUCCCGCCGCACAGCGCCAUCAGUGUCAGCGAGGGCACCGAAGUGGGCUCCGUGCUGACAGCCGUGACCGCCAACGACGUGGAUACCAACCCGGCCCUCACGUAUUCCUUUUCGGAGGAGGCAGACGGCACGGGCGCAGCGGACAACGACAGCACGUCUGCCUCGGCCCUCGCGACGCGCGCUUUCAGCAUCGACCGCUUCAGCGGCAAGUUGACGCUGGUCCGGAGGCUGGACUUCGAGACCCGGCGCGAGUACCGGCUGCGCAUCACUGCCUCCGACUCGGCCCACUCGGCUUACACCGUACUCACCAUUCGCGUCACCGACGUCAACGACAACCCGCCCGUCUUCCUGCAGCCCUCCUACCAGGCCUCUCUGCCAGAAGGAAGCGAACCAGGAUAUGCACUGCUAACAGUAAAUGCAACAGAUGCUGAUUCUGGAGAAAAUGCCAGGGUUCGGUACUCUUUACAAGCGCCUGUUCGUGGAUUUAGUGUUGACCACAUCAAAGGAAUCCUUUUUGCCAAUCGAAGUGGAAUUGCCCCUGGCACAAGUGAUGCUCAACUUGUAUUGGUUGCAACAGACAGUGGGCAGCCUCCUUUGUCAUCUGUUGCAGCUGUGCGUGUUCGUGUCAGUGAUGCAUCUAGUGCCCAUCCUCGCUUUACUCAAGAUGAAUACAGGGUACACAUUCGUGAAGAUGCUCCUUGUGGUACAACUGUCACACGAAUUGCAUCAGAAUUUACUCGAGAUGAAACCAGGAAUACAGUGUUUUCUAUCUUUGAUGGCAAUGUUGACGGUGUAUUCCAGGUUAUGAGCCCUAAUGGUGAUGUAGUAUUGCUCAAGACUCUUGAUCGUGAAGUCCUCAGUUCUUAUAAUUUGAUAAUAGUUGCUGGUGAUCAGGGAGCUACUACAAAUAAUGCAUCCAUGGUGACAGUUUAUGUCACAGUGGAUGACGCAAACGACAAUGCACCAGCCUUCCAAGAGGAAACAUCUGAAGAAGGCUAUGAAAUAACAAUUAGUGAAGCUGUACCCCCUGGACAGUCAGUGUUACAUAUUGCAGCAAUAGAUGCUGAUCAACCUGGCACUCCAAAUGCUGAAGUAGUGUUCGAUAUUACUUCGGGUAAUGAUCAAGAACUUUUUAUUCUUGAUCCUCAGUCAGGAGUUCUUAGUGUGCAUCAGUCCCUAGACUAUGAUUCAGGUGUAACAGAAUAUACUCUUGUGGUAAGUGCCUCAGACUCUGCGAAACUGCCGAAUGAUGCACCUUUGUCAACAGUAACAACAGUUCACAUUCAGUUGGAAGAUGAAAAUGAUAAUGCUCCUCACUUUCCUGUUGCUGAAUACUUGGAAUUUGUUGGAGAAAAUGAAGUAACUGGGACAACUGUCUUCACAGCAAGAGCAACAGAUUUGGACAAAGGUGUUUACGGCAAAUUGAACUACUCAUUAGUGUCGGCUGCUGCUGCUUCAGGUUAUACAGAUGUGGAAGAUUCGUGGAAACUUUUCCGUGUUGAUUCUGACACUGGAGUGGUUGUGACAAAUGCUGUAUUUGACUAUGAAGCUAGAAAUCGUUAUGCUUUUACCUUGCGUGCUAGUGAUGUUGGUGGAAGGACUGCUAGUGUACGUGUGAGAGUAGAAAUAGAAAGUCGUGAUGAAUUUCAUCCUCAGUUUACAGAAAGAACUUAUAGGUUUGUGCUACCUAACUCUGCUGCAUCUGGACAAUUACCUAUUGGAUAUGUUGUGGGUCAUGUGGCAGCCACUGACAGGGAUAAAGGCCCUGAUGGUCGUGUAGUGUACCAAUUGUCAACACAGCACCCAUAUUUCAAAAUCAAUAGAACUACUGGUGCCAUUAUGGUGAGAAAGAAGUUGGACAAUACUGCAGCCACACUUGAUGCAGGAAGCGACAUAAGUCUGAUGGUAACAGCCAGCUCAGGUCGGCAAGGUUCCCUUACUAAUAAAGCUGUUGUAGAAAUAGUACUUGACCCUCAGGCAGACAGAGGUACAAACCUAGCUAGUAGUGCUGCAGCUGAUGGAGGACUUAUGACAGGAUCCAAUGUAGUAACAGGAAGCAAUGGUAAUAAUACAACACUUGCUGCUUCAUCAGGAGGUUUGGCUGAUUGGGCCCUUGGUCUUCUUAUAGCUCUCAUUCUAAUAGUCCUUGCCUUUGGUGCUAUAUUUUUGUUUUUGCAUAUGAGAAACAGAAGACAUAAGAAGGUCAACAAACCAGCUCUGAGUGCCAGCGCAGCAGUUGGGGGUGUUGGGGGUGAUAAUUUUGUGGACCCCAGUGCUUUUGACACCAUUCCUAUUCGUGGAAGUGGUGGUAGUGGUCCGGGUGUUCCAGGUCCUGGCGGUCCCGGACAAGGACCUAACUCACAAUUUGGACCACCGAAAUACGAUGAAAUUCCCCCAUAUGUUGGAGGACCUGUUGUGCAUCGCAAUAAUAACUCAAGCAGCUCCAACUCAGGAGCUGCAACUACAUCAGAACUCUCAGGUUCAGAACAGUCAGGAUCCAGUGGUAGGGGAUCAGCAGAAGACGGUGAAGAUGUGGAAGAUGAAGAGAUUCGUAUGAUAAAUGAAGGUCCUCUACAGCGUGAUUCUGGCAUACAUCGCCAAGGAGAUGAUGCAGAUGAUGACAACCUGUCUGAUGUAUCUGUUCACAAUACUCAAGAAUAUCUCGCAAGACUUGGCAUUGUAGACACUACGUCAGGAAGUGCUGGUGCCUCUGGAGUAGCAUGCUCUUCAUCGCGACGAUGUUCUGACUCUCUAGGUGCUUCAGGAACUAGUGGGAAAGAUGGACUCCUUCAUCAUCAGGUGGUACCAAUAGACAGUCUUCAUAUGUUUGAUGAAGAAGGCAGUGGAGAAGCUGACAUCACUAACCUCAUUUACGCUAAGUUGAACAACGUCGGAGGUGGUGCAGGCAGUGGUGCCAGUGAUCGUAGCAGUGCGGAAGAGGGGGCUGCAGGAGCCAGUGGAGGGGCAAGCGGAAGUGGAGUUCUCGGGGCAGCAGUUGAUCAUGUAAUGGGUCUGGGGGGAUUUGCGGAUGUUCAGGGAUUGGCUCACGGCAGCACGCAUCAACCUUCAAUGACUGGAUCAUUGAGUUCCAUAGUACAUAGUGAAGAAGAAUUGACUGGAAGUUAUAACUGGGACUAUCUUCUUGAUUGGGGGCCUCAGUAUCAACCAUUAGCACACGUGUUUUCUGAAAUUGCCAGACUCAAAGAUGACACUGCUUCGGUGCAGAGUACUACAAGUGGUGCUUCUAGCAACAAAGGAAUGGGAGGAACCUUGGGAAGUGGAGUUGGUGGCAAUAAUGCAACUGGCAGUGUUCCUGGAGGAAGUAGUAUUGGUGGAGGCAACGUAGGCCUUGGAAAAACCACACUUGCCCCUCACCCUCCAGUAGUUGUGAAGACUGUUCCACCUCCCCUUUUAACAAGUGUUGCUCCUCGAUCAAUUGCAGCACCUGUAUUGGCUUCUCGGUCAGCUGGAGGUCACUCUGCUAGUCAUCAUGCUUCAUCACACCACAAUCAACCUAGUGCUACGUCCCAGUUGCUCAUGCUGCCACGAUCCCCAAUCAGCCAUGAUGCAACAGGUGCUGGGUUCAGUACCUCUGCUGCAAUGUCUCCCAGUUUCUCUCCAUCUCUUUCACCACUUGCCACCAGGUCGCCAUCUAUUUCACCGUUGGUGACACCUGGAGUACCAACAUCUCAUCAUGUAGUGUCUUUGCCUCGUCAAACACAGCAGCAGCAACAACAACAGACUCAGCAAGUGCCACAGCAACCAUCUCAGUUGCACGUGCAACAGCAACAACAGCAACAGCAGCAGCAACAACAGCAGCAGCAACAGCAGCAACAGCAGCCAUCACAGCAACAGCAGCAGCAACAGGCAGCUCUUCAAAUUCAUCAGCAGCAACAUCACUUACAACAGCAACAACAGCAAGCAUCAAGAUCAGCAGUUGCCGAUACUGAAUUACGAAUUUAAAGUUAGCUUUUCAGAAAAUGUACAUUUCAAUGACUUUUUUUAAAAGUGUGCUGUGUUAAUGUGUGCUAUAGCUGUGAAGAUUGGAGAACAUACUGUUCCUCUCAAGAACUGUAACUUCUGAAAAAUAUUACAUGGUAUUUCAAAUGUUUUUACUUCUGCUAAUUGGUAUCAAUAUUCAUGAAAGAAGAUGAGUAAUAUUUGUAUUUAUUUGCCAUACAAACCAAUGUUGAACAUUCACACUUGUGGAUGACAUAUGUAACAAAUUGUGCAGUAUCACAUGGCUUAAAACACAUGUUCUUUGAAGUGAUACUGUGUAAAUAAUUAGAAAAGUAGAACAAACAUAAUACUUGCUUUUAUACAUUACUGUUCUUCAAAUCAGUCAGAAAGUGUGUUGAGAGAGAUUUGUUCAGAAGUAAUUUUUCCUCGAUUCUAAAUUUAACUUAUUUUCAAGUGAAUAAAGGAAUACAUACAUGUGUAUAGCAAAGAUAUUUUGUAUCACAAAAUGUGUCAAAUUACAUUCAGUGCAGAAAUUUUAAUUCAUUACUGAAGUGUCAUGCUUUUUCAAUCAAUUUUUCUUCAAAAUUAUUGUUUGCAUACAGAUAUUGAAUUUCUCACCCUGUUUUUGGUGAACAUUUAGGUUAUCCUACUGACUGAAGUAUAGAUGAAGCCAAAGGCUUAGUGUAUUGCAGUGAAUAUAUAAACAUCCAUUUUUCACAAAAUCAUUGAGUAGUAAGCAAUUGUGUCUGGCUGUAUGUUUGUAUGUUUGCAUGUGUGUAUGUAAAUAUAGUAAUAUAAAAGUUCAAGUAUGAAUUGAAAGAAGUGUACAUGACCAUUAGAAAACAUUUUUGUAAAUACGCACGGUUUUAUCAGACCUGAAGUGGCAUGUAUCCUCAUGAACAAAACAUACAUAAACUUUACAUCGCAUGAAAAUAAAAUAUUGUUUUGUAAUUUAUUUUAUAUUCAUGCAAAGCGAAUUUUUUUACUGUGUGCAUACUUGUGUGAAAUAAAGUGUUUUGAAGAAAGAAGAACAUGUGACAUUGAAGAAUUUGUGUGAACUCUUCUUCAAGUUACAGAAAAAUUAGCAGGUGAAUAAAGUGCCAUUGGGAAGCAGACAUGCUUGACAGAUGUAUACGAUUCCAUAGAAAAUAUUGUAGAUGUGUUGAAAUCAAUAAACCUGUUUGUGAUAAAAAUGUAUGACGUACAUAUCUUGUGAUAGACAAUGCUUUUUGUUCGUACAUUACAUUUGUGCUUGUUUCGUACUCAUUAAAAGAUAGAAAAAUUUUGUGAAACAACAAAAACAGGACUUUCUUUAAUACACUGUAGUCAGUUUGGUUCUUGUCAAGUAAAGGUGGCAAACUAAAGUGAAGUUUUAUGUAUAAAACAAUGUACUAUGUCCUAUAACAGUUUUGUAAUCUGUAAUAAAAUAUAUUGUACAAAACCGAUACCUUUUCCCAGGUAUAGAAGAAUA